AUGAAACUCGCAAUCACCGUUUUAUCAUCGAUAUUGGCUGUCUGCUCAAUCACAGUCGCCAACCCGAUUCUUACUACUGCUACCACAAGUACUGAAUCUAGCACUUCAACAGUCAUUCCCAGCUCGACUACAAGUGCUGAAUCUACUCCUACUCCAAUUUUUGAUCCAAAAGAAGUCAACUGUGACCCAUUUUCGUCGAACGAAGUAGUUAUGAUUCAAACCUACGCAAGAGAUAGAAUGUUUGCAAAAAAAGUAGGUAAAGAGCUUAAUGAAAAAGAAUCGGAGGCUAUAGCUCAAAGAAAUUUGAUAGUUCGACUGAAAAGACGCCUUGAAGAUUUGAAAAGUAAACCUUGGGAAAACGGUGGCGCUUCAAAUUAUGGAGAAACGGUUGAAAACCUUGAGAAUGAGAUUAGUCGUCAGAUUACCGUUUAUGAAGGUCUCAAAAAACAAUCGGAUAAUCUCGAUUCGAUUUGCUUUGAUGUGGGUCACAGGGUGACCGAUUCUGAGACACAACUUAUGAAUCUUUCGCCGAGGUAUCGUAUAAAUACAGGACCACGCCAUGAGAAUAUGACACUUGAAGUAUUCCUUCCUGGAUUUACAAAGUGCGUUGUUGAAGUAAACAGUGUGUUACUAGAUAUAAUUGCAAAACAUGGAUUCAAAGGACUUUUCCCAAAGCCCGAGACCGAUAGUUCUGAACCCGAGACCGAAGAAAGUCCUGAACCCGAGACCGAAGAAAGUCCUGAAUCUGAUGAAGUUUUUUCAAACGAGGAUGCGACCGAGCAACAAAAUCUUGACGACUUCAAGGAAGAGUAUGUGGAUGGGCGAGAUCUUCAAAACCAUGAGGAGGUGGAUGAGCAAGAUCUCGAAAACCAUGAGGAGGUGGAUGAGCAAGAUCUUGAAAACCAUGAGGAGGUGGAUGAGCAACAAGCUUCCGAUUCUCAACAACAAAUUCCCGAUGCUCAGCAAUAA